GUCUUCUUCCCUUCUUCCUUCCUUUUCUAAAACCAGAUCAUUAAUGGCGACUAUGAAGAAAGAUCUCGAUCGGAUCAAGGGUCCAUGGAGUCCUGAAGAAGACGAUAUGUUACAGAUGCUGGUUCAAAAACACGGACCCAGAAACUGGUCUCUAAUAAGCAAAUCCAUACCGGGUAGAUCCGGUAAAUCUUGUCGGUUACGAUGGUGUAAUCAGCUUUCACCUCAGGUCGAACAUCGGGCUUUUACGGCCGAGGAAGAUGAAACGAUUGUUCGGGCCCAUGCUAAGUUUGGUAACAAAUGGGCAACAAUCGCCAGACUUCUCUCGGGUCGAACCGAUAACGCUAUUAAGAAUCAUUGGAACUCUACUUUGAAGAGAAAGUGUUCAUCUUUGAUUGGAAACGGCGGGGGCGAUGAUGGAGAUGAAGACUAUUUGAGUCCGAAUCCUCAACCGUUGAAGAGAUCCGUUAGUGAUGGGUCGGGUAUUCCUAUAUCCACUACUUCUCUUUACUUUAACCCGGGUAGUCCUUCUGGAUCCGAUGUUAGUGAUUCUAGUCUACAGAUUUCAUCUUCUUCUCAUAUUUACCGCCCUGUCCCUAGACCUGGCGGCGUUGUUUCUCCACCGCCGCCACCGCCGCCGCCGCCGCCGGCGAUGAUCGAUCCUCCAACAUCGUUAAGUCUAUCGCUGCCGGGGACCGAUGAAUCUAAUCGGGUGGAAGAUGGAAAUCAAAUUCGGUCAGUUCCUCCUCCUGUGAUGGCUGUGCCGUUGCAGCAAUUGAAUGGGUUGGAUCUGGAGAAACCCUUCAUGCCUUUUAGCUCUGAUUUCUUGGCGGUGGUUCAGAUGAUGAUAAGGAAGGAGGUUAGGAACUAUAUGGAUGAACAGCAGCAGGGGCAGCAAGGAGGUGGAGGGGUUGGUGGAGGAAACGUGAUGUGUAUGCAGCAGGCGGUGGCGGAGAGGUUCUUGAACGCCGCCGUGAAACGAAUCGGUGUUAGCCGGAUUGAGUAGUUGGGUUGAUGAUAAUGAUGAUGAUGAUAAUGAAUCUUAAAAAAAAAACAACAAUCUUUGUUGGUUUUCUAUAUAAAAAAAACUCAAGCUUUGAUUAGUUUGAGAAGUUUAAUCUGCCGAAGAAAAAAGUCGCCGGCAUUGUAUAGAGAGAUGGUGGUGGCCGGUGGGAGGUGAACGGCGGCAGCCGGCUUCCGGCGAAAUCUAAUUUUUAUUUUUUUUUAAUGUAUUUGGAGUACGAGAUAGAAAUUAUCGAGAAACAAAAAAAAAUACUACUUUUUCCGUUAAAUUGGAGAACAAACAAUUUCGGUUA